AUGGAUGGACUCUUAAUCAAUACGGAGGAUAUAUAUACUGUUGUCACCAACGAAGUUUUAGCCGAACAUGGAAAGGGUCCUCUCACAUGGGAUGUGAAGAUUCAACUUCAAGGUUUACCUGGUAGAGAAGCCAGUAAGAAGGUAAUUGAACAUUUUCAACUGCCAUUAACAUACGAGGAAUUCGAAAAGAUUAAUGUCGAGAAACAAAACCAUAAAUGGGCUACGUGUGAGUUUUUACCUGGUGCUCUGGAACUCAUCCAACUAUUGAAGGCAAAGGAUAUUCCGAUCGCAUUGUGCACAUCUUCUGCUAAGUAUAAGUUUGAAGGAAAGACUGGACACUUAAAGGACACGUUCAGUCUUUUCGAUGUUGUCAUCACAGGCGAUGAUCCUCGCAUUCCACCUGGGCGAGGGAAACCAUAUCCUGAUAUCUGGAAGUUAGGACUUCAGGAAUUAAAUAAGAAAUUUGAUCUCUCUGUUAAGCCCGAGGAAUGCAUUAUCUUCGAAGAUGGUGUUCCUGGCGUAACCUCGGCUAAGGCUGCCGGUGCAUAUGUAGUUUGGGUCCCACAUCCAGAGGCACACAAGGUCCUUGGUGACACCGCAUCCAUCUUAGAUGGAAAAGGUGAACUGUUGCAAUCUUUGGAGCUAUUUAAUUCCACCAAGUUUGGAUUGUGA